AAAAAAAAAACCCUUGAAAAGCCAGAAUCCGAAUCCACAAACAUCUCCAAUUUUGUGUUUCCUCGUCAUCCCUAAUUACUCGCUGCAUUAUCCUGGAAUACAACAUUCCAUAAUUCUCCCAGCAUUAAAAUCAACAAAUUUUCACCAUUCUCUUGUUUACAAAUUACGAUUAAUAAUCGGAUAAACCCAUCCCCUCCACCCUGCUUCGCCGCCGCCGCCGACGGCCGAGACGCACGCCUCUUUCCGAACUGAUUUUUUUUGGGUGGGGGGGAAGACAUGAUGUGGGAUGAAUGGGCAGAAGGUAUCCAGGAACAGAAAAACAUAGAAGAGUACGAAUACGAUGCUCAAGAACAACGACAAGACAGGGAGGAAGGCUCUUCUUCCUCUAACCUCAACUUCGAUUUCUUAUCUCUUGUUUCUCAGCCUAAGGAUUAUUAUCGGAUAUUGGAAGUGGACUAUGAUGCUACGGAGGAGGUUAUACGAUCCAAUUUUAUUCGUCUUGCUUUGAAAUGGCACCCGGAUAAGCUAAAAGGUCAGGACAGUGCUACUUCAAGGUUUCAGGAAAUAAACGAGGCAUACCAAGUUUUAAGUGAUCCACUGAAGCGUCAAGAAUAUGACAAGACAGCAGUAUUACGUGCCUAUGACUACAAUAUAGUGGAAUAUCUUGACCGGUAUAAGGGGCUUAUUUUAACAUGCAAUGGUCUCGGGAUGAAGCACACGAUAUGGUAAAACCAGGAUAAGCACGUUCUCGUUGUCCGUAGAUUCUUCUACCGGAGUGAUCAUAGUCCAGUGAAUCUCGAGUUCAUGAUCGGAUUCCUAGUAGUUCUUAGCUACUAAGUAUAAAUACAGGCUAUUGCAGAUUUGCAUCAUCUUCUGUUCAAAUACAGAACAAAAAUUGUAAGGGAUGUGAUAUUUAGCAUGCUGUCUAUAUGAUUUUUACCAUUUUACAGUGUCAACAGUGUUGAUACCAGAACCACUGAACCAGUAGCCUGUUGUUUUUUUUUUUUUUUUUUUAUCAGCAACAUCUGGCAUGUAAUUGACUUGGGAAAUUUUUAUCAGCUUCAUGAUAUUCCAUGUGAUUAUUUCAA